ACACUUCAGCAAAAAAACUUUACAAGCACGAGGGGCUCGUUUUGCAACUUGUAAAGAACACCACAGCAUCACUUACAAAACAUGCACUUUCCCUUCUCCAACGCGUUCUGUGUUCUCUAGUUUGUUUUGUGCUGUUCCUGUUUUCUUAUAAUUUGUGCUUUUGUUUUUGUACAUAAACAAAACCUCAGACAUGGGAAGGGCUCCUUGUUGUGAGAAAGUGGGGUUGAAGAAAGGGAGGUGGACAGCAGAGGAGGAUGAGACCUUGGCAAAAUACAUUCAGACCAACGGGGAAGGUUCUUGGAGGUCAUUGCCUAAAAAUGCAGGAUUAUUAAGGUGCGGGAAGAGUUGCAGGCUGAGAUGGAUUAACUAUUUGAGAGCUGACCUUAAAAGAGGGAACAUUUCUGCUGAAGAGGAAAAUACAAUCGUUAAGUUGCACGCUUCUUUUGGUAACAGGUGGUCUUUGAUAGCAAGUCAUUUACCAGGAAGAACGGACAACGAGAUAAAAAACUACUGGAAUUCUCACCUCAGCAGAAAAAUUUACAGUUUCCCAGGUGCAAGUGCAGGGAUCAUGGAUACACCUAAAGUAGCGUCUAUUCCUCCCAAGCUCAAAGGUGGUAGAACAAGCCGUUGGGCCAUGAAUAAGAACAAAACCUACACCCAAAAUGUCAAUGACGCAAUUAACCAGAGACCCAAACAAACGUUUACUCAACCAAAUAGUGAUUUCACGGUCUUGGACGCUGACGUGGCAGAUGUGAAUGAGCCAAGAAUAGAGGAGCUAGAGGCAGAGGUAAAUAAAUGUGACAGGAGCGUUGAUGAAAGUAACGAUGAAGACAUCUUGGGACUGUGCCAAAUGGAGGGCAUUAGUGACAUUUUGGAAAGUUGGCUUCCGGAAACAACAUGUGUGGUUUGGGACUUGAGUGAAGAGAUAGACAACAAUGACAUGGUAGUGAGGGUGAGUGAUGCGUGUCGCGACAAAAUGGCAUCGAGUGGAGAGGGGUAUUCAUGCUCUUCUUCCAUGGCAUUGGAUCAACACUGGGAUUGGGAGAGUGUCAUAGAGUUUAAUAACGUUGUCGAGUCCGAAGCUUGUAAUAAUUGGGAGCAACAAGAAAAACCGCUCACUUGGCCGUGGGAGGACGAUGCUUGGGAAAGCCAAAGCAAAAAUUUGGGAGAGACAGAUACUCAGAUGCAAAACGACAUGGUUGAUUGGUUCCUCUCUUGAUUCAUGCCUAGUGUGUGUGUUCGCUCCUCGUCCUAUUGCAUAUCCCUAAAGAGAAAAUAAUUAAAUUUAAGGUAAAAUUUGAAUUAAAAUAGAAUGUAAACAAUUAUAAAACACACCUUAAAGUUUUUUAAUUUUCCAUCCAUUUCUCUUUUUCUUCCCCUCAUCCAAACAUACCCUUAGAAUUUGUAUGCCAUAGAGUUCAAAAUAUCUGGUAGAUUCGAGGUGGACAUUAGUCACUAUUACAUUGCUAGGUAGUUUGAAAUAUGGAUUUUUGUUAUGUACGAGGUAGAAUUUGAUUUUAUAUAACUCAUUUAUGGUACAUAAAUAAAUAUAAAUUUUU